CUCGCGCACCUCUCCACCAAACUUGCUAGUUGACUUCCCACAUCAGUUUCCUUCCUGCCUCCUCAUCAGUAUACUUAGUUAGGACGACUGUGAACUGAUGCAUUAAACAUGUUCCAGCCAGGUUGGUGUGAAAACGUCGCUGGAAAAUCUGUCGUGAGGUGCAAAGGGUGUAAACUUGCACGCUAGUAGCAGCUACGCCAUGUGAAUGAUUCACCUGGAGGAAAGUGAGGAAAGUUUCCUAUAUGCAGAGUCAACCUGUGUUGCUUUUGAAGAUGUCCAGCUUGCUGAGGAAGGUGCGCUCCGCCUUCAGGAGAGAGCAAGAGGACUUAGACAUGAGCAGCGACACAGCGCCCUUUGACUUCUCCGAUGAGCUGGUGGAGGAUGAAGCGCCCAAAUUCAACAAGCUGAAGGUGGUGGUCUCUGGUGAGAUGUCGGACUACUCCGCUGGGGCUCAGUCCAAUGGGGUAGCGGUCAACACGCUUGUGAUUACGGGGCGUGACGAAGAUGACGACUCGCUACUGGACACUUCCUCCAGCCUGAGCAGUCCGGGCUUCAACAUGGACCCCUGUGACAGCUGCACCAAGAAGAGGGAGACCCUGAAGCAGAGGAAGGUGAUGAAGAGGCUGGUCAUUGCAGCUGUGCUCUAUUUUCUCUUCAUGAUGGCUGAAAUUAUAGGUGGCUAUGUGUCGAACAGUUUAGCCAUCAUGACCGAUGCUGUGCACAUGUUAGCCGAUGUGGUCGGUAUCCUAUUUUCUCUGCUGGCUCUGUGGCUCUCCACUAAACCACCUACCAAGAGGUUCACUUUUGGAUUCCAUCGUCUCGAGGUGAUAUCAGCAGUCCUCAGUGUGGCGCUUAUCUACAUCUUGACAGCGAUACUACUGUUCGAGGCUGUUCAGAGGACGGUAAACCAAGACUUCAACAUUGAUGGGGAUAUCAUGAUCAUCACAGCAGCGGUGGGCGUGGCUGUCAACCUCAUAAUGGGCUUCUUACUAAACCAAGGCGGUCAUCUUCACUCUCACGGCCAUGGUCAUUCUCAUGGCGCCGUGGCUUCAGCAGAGUCACAGUCCGCAGAGUCUGGAAGGAACCAGAGGCCGCACGGCAGUCUGGCUGUUCGGGCCGCCUUCAUCCACGCUUUGGGUGAUCUGCUCCAGAGCGUCGGGGUCCUCAUAGCUGCAUAUAUCGUCCGCUUUAAGCCAGAGUAUAAACUGGCAGAUCCUAUCUGCACCUACAUCUUCUCAGUUCUGGUUCUGUUCACCACGGUCCGCAUCAUACGAGACACAACGGUUAUUGUGCUGGAAGGUGUGCCCAGACACUUAGACACUGUUCGAAUCAAAGAGGAUCUCCUGAAGCUGGAGGACGUGCAGUCGGUAGAUGAGCUGAAUGUUUGGGCACUGACUGCUGACAAGACAUCAGCACUUGUGCACCUUCAGCUAACACCUUCGAGUGCUAGCAACUGGGAGGACGUUCAGGCGAAGGCUCGCCACCUCCUGCUUCAUACCUACGGCAUCACCAGAUGCACGGUUCAGGUCCAGACACACAGACAGAGGCCUGUACGCACCUGUGUGAUCUGUCAGUAACCCAGCACCUAAAAACACGUACUUAAGGCUUCUACUUUCACUCCUCCCUUGUGUUGGCGAGAACACACACAAUGGGCCUUGCUGCUGCACCGCGAAGUGGAACAGUAGUGGUGCACUCCUGAUGUAAGGAUAACUGCGCCUGUGAGGACUGACUACUCUUCGUGCAAUGUUGGCCAACUGUUGACAUAUUCACUGGACAAACAUAAACCUUCAUGCCCAUUUUUUUUCAUUCACCACUGAGGCCUAUUUAUAUGUAAUUUUCACUUUGAUGGCAACUGAUGUAUAUUUUUUGUUAAAUUUUCAGCCUUUUUUAGUUCACCUAUGUUAAGUCCUUUGAUCACUUAUUUGGUAACCCAUCAGAUGGAGGUCCAUUAUGCUAAAAGGCGCUUUGCCCAGUAGAUCGACUUUCUUAUAUAUAUUUAACGUUAUUUCCCACUAACAUAUAGCAUUUCUGUACAAUUUUCGGGCAACUUUGGCAUACUAGUCGAGCAAUGACAUGUUACUAAUGAGACAAAACUGCACUAGUUAACAUUCAUAUACUACAAGUACAUGUACCUUGAACUGGAUAUCGAAAUAAUGCUCAAAAUAGCAGUAAGCAAUUGCCUUCGGUCAACUGACUGAAUUAGUCAAUACAUCUCCUUGUACUUUCAGUAUUUCUAGCCCUUAACUAAAGUCACUUUUAAUCUACCAAAAAUACUGUGCAAGUCAGACCAACGCUAAUGUUUGGAUUUAUUCCUGUCAGCACGUCACAUGAUUAACACUGACUGUGGAGUUACUUGUGGAAGAAGCAUGUUUGGAUGAAGCGUAGAGUGCUGUACUUCGAUGUGAAAGACAGUAUUGUAGGUCUGAUUCAACUUUCUUCUAGUAUUUUGUUUAUUAUUUUGCCCAUAUUAAUCAUAGACACCAAAAUUACUGCCUUGUUUUGAAAUAAAAGUAUUGUAAUUUUUGUUUUACAAAUGUUUCUUUUACAAAGGAGACGUGGAGUCAUUUAUUUGUAGAAGUGCCUGUGUGUGGGGGGCUGCAAGAUCUGUAUGAUUGAUGGAAUAGUACAGAUGUUUUUUUUUUUUUUUAAAUGGUAACAGUGAUAUUAACAAUAAAAUGAUCGUGCUUUGCUUACUAAAAACAAUCGCAAACCUUCGAACAAUAUUGUAAAAAACUAGACUGCAGUGUCCGUUUCAUCCACUCGAUGGUGCACUUUUAGAAUACAGUACUGUACAGUACUGCACUGUAAUGUACCUACAUAGAUUUAGGUUGGCUGAGAAGAUUACAAUAAUGUAAUGCAUUUGUUGAUUACCGUUUGGCUUAUAGGAUAAGCAUCUUUCAUUCUCUGAAAGAAAAAAAAAAAGCGUUAUUGAUGGCUCCACAUAAUUAAUCAUUCAA